CUCCGCGCAGCGCCCGCACCCGCGCAGCGACACCGCAUCCGCGCACCAUGGAGCGCCGGGUGGCCCGUGAAUUCCGGCACAAGGUGAAUCUACUAAUUGACAAUGAAGCAGAGAAGGAUUACCUUUACGAUGUGUUGCGGCUCUACCACCAAUCUAUGAAUCUCCCAGUGCUUGUGGGGGACCUAAAGCUUGUUAUUAAUGAGCCAAGCAGAUUGCCUCUAUUUGAUGCUAUCCGCCCACUUAUCCCAUUAAAACACCAGGUGGAAUAUGAUCAGCUUACACCCAAAAGAUCACGAAAGCUGAAAGAGGUGAGGUUGGAUCGUUUACAUCCUGAAGGACUUGGACUAAGUGUGAGAGGUGGUGUGGAAUUUAGUUGUGGCCUCUUCAUCUCCCAGUUAGUUAAAGGAGGACAGGCAGACAAUGUUGGGCUUCAGGUUGGAGAUGAGAUAGUUCGUAUAAAUGGAUAUUCCAUUUCAUCAUGCACCCAUGAAGAAGUCAUAAACCUCAUUCGUACAAAGAAAAUAGUGUCCAUAAAAGUAAGACAUAUUGGCAUGAUACCUGUCAAAAGUUCAGCAGAUGAACCCCUUAAAUGGCAAUAUGUGGACCAGUUUGUGUCAGAAUCUGGGGAAGGAAAGGGCAGUGUUGCUGGUCUUGCUUCUUCUGGAGGGAGGGACAAUAAAGAGAAGAAAGUCUUCAUUAGUUUGAUUGGUACAAAAGGCAUGGGAUGCAGUAUUUCCAGUGGUCCAACGCAAAAACCAGGCAUUUUUAUCAGCAAUGUUAAGCCGGGUUCUCUUUCAGCAGAGGUGGGCUUAGAGGUUGGUGAUCAGAUUGUUGAGGUAAAUGGAGUGGACUUUUCUAAUGUGGAUCAUAAAGAGGCUGUCAGAGUGCUCAAAAGUAGUCGUACUUUGACUAUCUCUGUGGUAGCAGGCGCUGGAAAGGAGCUGUUCAUGACUGAAGAGGAAAGGCAGAGAGAAGCACGUCUCCGUGAACAAGAACGUCAGGAGUUAAUGCAUCAGAAGCGACUUGCGCUGGAGACGAACAAAAUCAUCAAAGAGCAGCAAGAGAAAGAGAGAUUAAGAAAACUGGAGAUUUCCCAGAAGACUGCAGAGGAAGAUGAAAGAUACCGCAGAGAAAUAGAGCAGAUAACAGCAGAGGAAGAGAAAUUUAAAAAGGAGUGGGAAGAAGACUGGGGUCCUAAAGAACCUCCCAAAUCUCUAAAAACUGUGACUGCAGAAGUGCACUCUGCCCCCAAACACAAAAUAGAUUUAAAGGGAGUUGCACAUGACCAACUUGAAACAGAUGACAUGGAUGAAGUGAUCAUGAAGCAGAACAAACAGGGCUUCCAGAAAUAUUUGGAAGAUUUUGAUCCAUCUUCAAUGUUUACCCCAGAGCAGAUUAUGGGAAAAGAUGUACGACUACUACGAAUUAAAAGGGAAGGAUCAUUAGACCUUGCAGUUGAGGGAGGAAUCGAUUCUCCCAUUGGAAAGAUAGUUGUGUCUGCCAUCUAUGAAGGGGGUGCUGCAGACAAACAUGGAGGCAUAGUGAAGGGGGAUGAAAUACUAGCUGUAAACGGCAAGAUAUUAAUUGACAGCAGGCUGGCAGAAGCACAGGCAACUCUAGCAAAAGCUUGGAACAUGGGUGGGGAUUGGAUUGACUUAGUCAUUGCCGUAUCACCUCCAAAGGAAUAUGAUGAUGAAAUGACAUUUUUUUAAAGAAGGCUACAACAGAGAAAUGAAGAGAAGACUUUCCCCUGCAGAAAGUCUUUCCCCUGCUGCUCUGUAAAUUAAUAUGAAAUUAAUAACCACAUGAAAUGCAUCUUCAUUUGAAAGAAAUGUGAGCAAUCAGACCUGUAAAUUGAACUAGACACUUCUUAUUCUUCAGGUAAUUUGAGUAAUUUCAAAUCAUUCUAUAGACAUACAGCAAGAAAUUUUUGCAAGAUCAUUGAGAAGGACUGCCAGGCAGCAUAGCUUGGUCUGUGAGAACUCAAUCUAUUUUUUGCUGUUUUGUGGGGCCAAAUUUUGAAAAUUAUCUUCCAGUUUUCCUGGAAAUAGACACCAAAAUGACAAACUAAGUUAGAACACAGAUGUCUGUUCCCACAUACAACACUUGUGACUACAUGUUCACAGGCCAUUUGGGGUGUGAAAAUCUAUAUUUUUUACUCUGUACUUAGUGAUUUUUCCCUGUGGAAAUGGGAAUGGAUUUAAGUAAAGUCAGUUCUCAGUCAUAUUCUUGUAGCUCUCUUAACAUCCAUUUCUGUUGCUCAGUUGUGAGGUUUUUUGAGUGUAAAAAACUCUGCUGGUGGAAGAACCAGUAAUACCAGGAGUGCUAGCAUUAUAAAGAAUAAUUUUGGUGAUGCUUGUACAGUAUAAUCUUUACCAGCAAAGUCAAUAGCUAGAAAGUAGUCUAGAUAAAAUAAUGUGUAGUCACAGUUAUAUGACUGAUUAUUUAUAUUGGUGACAAAAACUGUUCCCUUGUAUAAUCAUGGCUGGAAAUGUGGGUGUGAGUCACAGUGUGCACUAAGGUACCUUUUUCUUACUGAGACCAUGUAAGUGACUAAGCUCUGCAGGAAGUAGUCACCAAGAGCAGAAUGUUACUCUUAGUGACAUGUCUUGUGUUUAACUAAAUUCCUUUAGACCAUUAAAUCUAUACUAGCCUGGCUUUAAGUAUGAUUACAGUUGUAGGCUUAGCAAUUUCUUUUUAUUAAUCUCCUUAAUGUCCUUGUCUUCCUUAAUUCCUUGUAUUUGCCAGUUUGUAUUCUGUUUUUCAAAUUGUGUUUAGAUUUUUCUGGACUAAUAAGAGUCGGUUAAUAGUUCUUUGGCAUGUAAAAUUCCUGCUCAAGUCUUGCCUUUUCAAGGUUUGGAAGCCCUCCUUUCUGUAACGGAGAAAAAAAAAUAACAAUUAUGUUCCUGAGAACUCUGUAUUUAUACAGAGAUGAUUACUUAUGUUGACUUUAUUAAUUUGCAGUAUUGCUCCAGUAUGCCAAUUAAUGUGUCUGGCAGGGUAUACGUGUCGUAAAUAUUUAAAAUUUUAACUCUUGCAACUAAUUCAGAAAUAAAAUUGUAUUUGCCAAAUGGAAGAA